CCUCGCCCACCAACCAUUAAGGCACUACUAGAUCUACAUUUAUAAGAUACUCUUCAUUUUUUUGGAAUUAAAGAAACUACGAUUUAAAAAAAUAAACAUAAGAACUUCAGAAAAUUCUCAACUAGGAAUUUAACAAAGGAUCACUAAAGUAUUUAACCAAGAACUGAAAUAAAAUUAAGCAAAAAGCUCAACAAAGUAUUUUAAUCAAGAACUCAACAAAGAAUUCAACAUGUUUAUUUUCGCCAUUAUAAUAAUUCUGAUCAAUGCAGGUUUAACAGAAGGACAGACAUGCGAUUUGCUUUGUACUAUCAAAGCUACCACAGCACUAAAAGACCAGACCGUACCAAGUAAAAUUUGCUCGAUAUACACAGAGUUUGAGAACUGUGUCUAUAACUUAACCUGCAUGUCUAGUACAGAGAAAGCUGUAUCAACAGAAACUCUGAAGCAGUUCAUUGUGACAAGGUAUCGCACUACGUGUGAAUCGAGUAUUAAAGCCUGCGCCACACCAACACUGGAUCAGUGCUUUCUACAAUUUCAAACUUCAUACACAAAAAACGAAAAUGAUGCUGCCCUGUUGUGCAGUGCGUACGAAAGCUUGUCUCAGUGUGUUAACAGCUCAAACUGUGGAGACUCUACGGACAGGAAACAAAGUACUCUUAGCAGUGCAAAAACUAUCAUACAGUUCGCUAAUUGUGAAGGCACAACAACAGUCUCGACGACCGCAACAACAACUACAACAAUCAAAACGACCACAACAACCAGAGAAACUACAACAGCAAAAUUAGUAGCCUGCGCCACACCAACACUGGAUCAGUGCUUUCAACAAUUUCAAACUUUAUACACAGAAAACACAAACGAUGCUGCCCUGGUGUGCAAUGCGUACGAAAGCUUGUCUCAGUGUGUUAACAGCUCAAACUGUGGAGACUCUACGGACAGGAAACAAAGUACUCUUAGCAGUGCAAAAACUAUCAUACAGUUCGCUAAUUGUGAAGGCACAACAACAGUCUCCACGACAGCAACAACAACUACAACAAUCAAAACGACCACAACAACCAGAGAAACCACAACAGCAAAAUUAGCAGCCGCCACAACAUCAGCUCCAUCCACAAAUACACCAUCAAGUUGUAUCAAGGACUCGUUUGAUCAAUGUUUAACUACGUAUGCUGCAAGUUUUUCAGCCCAUGGUUUUGAUGAAGUUGUUUCCUGCAGAGAUCUGAAUGACCUGACCAGCUGUUUUUCAAAAGUUGGUUGUGGAACAGACCCAAAAACAUCUUUCAUCGUCAGUCAAUCAAAACAACAGUUACAAAAUGGCGGCAUUAUUUGCUCAACGCCAACUACCACAUUUUUACCACAGACGACGCCUCGGACAACUACAUCAACAGUUAAAGAAUACACGGCAGUCACCACAGCAGCUCCCGUAACUAAAGAAUGUAAAGACGGUCUAGAUUCUUGUUAUUUGACCUUCUUCAUGACUUCUGUAACCAGAAGCAACGAGAGAGAUCUACUCUGUGGAGAUUUACGUACUCUUUCUGAAUGUGUGUCUGCUAUCAACUGUCCAGCCAGUGAGAGACAGAAAAAGAUUAGCGAGGGAGAAAGUCGUCUUUCAGCUCGAAGUAUCAACUGUUCUGUUCCAUCCACUUGUAACAAAGAUCUCCUCAACCAAUGUAUGACUACCUUUGUCAUCAGCAGAACUACAAAUGGAUUGGAUACAUCAAUAGCUUGCGGAUACUUCAAUGACUUGACCAUUUGUCUUUCAAAAACUUUGUGUUCAACUGUUGAUACAUCUCCCUAUAUCAACCAGGCUAAGAAACAACUAGAAGCUGGACUCAUUGAUUGCAGUGUGGCGACUACAACAGUAACAACCAGGCCUACAAUUACAGUACCUGCAAGUACUGCAGCCAUCACAACAGUUGCUAUAACUAAAGCGUGUAAAGACGGUUUAGAUUCUUGUUAUUUGAACUUCUUUAUGACCACGGUGACCAGAACUAACGAAAGAGAUCUACUCUGUGGAGAUUUACAUACUCUGUCUGAAUGUGUGUCUGCUAUCAACUGUCCAGUCAGUGAGAGACAGAAAAAGAUUAAGGAGGGAGAAAGUCGUCUUUCAGCUCGAAGUAUCAACUGCUCUGCUCCAUCCACUUGUAACAAAGAUCUCCUCAACCAAUGUAUGACUACCUUUGUCAUCAGUCGAACUACAAACGGAUUGGAUAAAACAAUAGCUUGCAGAGAUUUCAAUGACUUGAACGUUUGUCUCUCAAAGACGUUGUGUACCACUGUGGAUACAUCUCCCUAUAUCAACCAGGCCAAGAAACAGUUAGAGGCUGGACUCAUUGAUUGCAGUGUGACAUCUACAACAACGGUAACCAGCACAUCCACCACUCCAGCAAGCACCACAUCCACCACAGCAGUUCCAGUUACUAAAGAAUGUAAAGACGGUUUAGAUUCUUGUUAUUUGACCUUCUUCAUGACCUCUACGACCAGAGCCAACGAGAGAGAUCUACUCUGUGGAGAUUUACGUACUUUGUCUGAAUGUGUGUCUGCUAUCAAUUGUCCAGUCAGUGAGAAACAGAAAAAGAUUAGCGAGGGAGAAAAUCGUCUUUUAACUAGGAAUAUAAACUGCUCUGCACCGUCCAGUUGUAACAAGGAUCUCCUCAGCCAAUGCAUGAUUAUUUUUGUCACCAGCAGAACUACAAAUGGCAUGGCCACAUCAAUAGCUUGUCGAGAUUUCGAUGAUUUGACCAAUUGCCUAGCCAAGACCUCCUGUUCAACUGUUGAUACAUCUCCUUAUGUCAACCAAGCUAAGAAACAGUUAGAGGCUGGACUCAUUGAUUGUAGUAUAACAGCUAAGCCUACCAGCACAGUAGCUACCACAACUGUCAACUGCGUCCCAAAUUUGGAUCUUAUUUCACAAUGUCUGCAGAGCUAUGAGAAAAAUGUACAAAAACAUGGCGAUGAAACCAAAUAUAUUUGCACAGAUCUGUCGGUCUUUCUACGAUGCAUCAAUAACAUAAGCUGCUUAGGGGCAGACUAUAAGUAUACACUCACAUCUUUCAUCAUAGAACAGAAGGUGACAGAGGAUGUCAAAUGCAGUCUGUCCACUUUCGCUCCCCCAAUUUCAACGACAGCUAAAGAGAUCAAAUCUACAACACUUCUUCCCAAGUCUGACGUCAUCACAACAGUUGCAGUCACACAAUCAAGUCUCGUUGAAUGUCAAACUGGUCAAGUUCGAUGUGCGAACACUUACAAUGCAGUUAUGUCCAGUACAGGGUUGACCAAGGAACGUGCCUGCAGUGAAAUAAAGAAAUUUUACAGCUGUGUUUUCGCCAUUCAAGCUUGUAACUUUAGUGAAGCUGACAAGAAGAGAUACUUGACCACUGGUCAAGCUGAGCUGGACAAAAAGUCAUUCCCCUGCAAUAUAAUAUCAAUGACAUCUUCUUACAAUGAUGAAGACGGUGUCAACAGUGGCAGUAAGCAAAGAGAAACUCUUAGAUCUGCCUUCAUGUCUCUGUCUCUACUAAUUUUACUCUUUGUUCGAUACUAGAAAAGAAAUAAAGUUUGCAGUGUCCACAGAGAAACUUU